AUGCACGCACGGAAAUUCCAAUCGAUCGAACCCACCUCCUCUCUGUCGGCUCCAUCAUCCUUCAAUUCAGAGGCGAAAUUACGACUUCCCCUCGCGCCAGUCAACCAGCAAGACGGCCAUUGCGCGCUCUUGACUCCUCCAGCGCUUGCAGCUGACCUAGUCAUUCGCGCCCACUUUUCAACUAAUCAUUCAAUAGAGCGCCGAGUGCCACGCGGCAAGCCUCAACCCUGUGCGCGAAACGCUGCUUACCGUUUCACCCUCGCGUCCCUCCCUCUAAUUCGCGCGUCGCCCAGCGAGGACGGCACGUACACGCAGACGAUGUCGAUCGAUCUCAACGAGGCGUUCACAAAGGGCGCUGCGCCCUACUACCGCCUCUUCCGCGGCAAGCCCGGCACGGCCGGCUCGCAGGCGUUCAGCGGGUACCAGACGGUGGGGUGGCAGCGCAGCAAGUCGCCGUACAACCCGCUGAAGCCGUUCAUGAAGGGUCGGCACUCUCUACAGCACACGGCGUCGUACGACGGCAUCACCGAGGCGCAGUACGAUGCGUACGUGAAGCCGUACAUGGAGCAGCCGUCCGGCUACUACCUCGUCAUCUACUACCCCGGCCUGCGCCCCGCCAUGCAAGGCCGCGGAAGCGUUGGUUGA